AUGGACGUCGACGGAGCAGCCGUGCAGACUUACACGCACUUCCUCCAGAGAGACGCGCUGUACGCCAAGGAAAAACCAUACUCGCUGCGUUACACGCCCCCCGAAGGCUUCCCGAGGGCCAACAUAAAGCUGGAACGGCACAAUCUCACCGUGCGCGACGUCCGCCCUGUCAAGGACGAGCUGUUGUUCGAAAGAGACGGCUGCCAAAUCAUCGACUUCAACAGUCGGAUGAAGUAUGACGAUUGGGACGAUGAUGCAAACAUCAAGGCUGUGUACUUGCUUGAGGUCGCGGACCGUCUCCGCAGCGCUCUGGGCGCUUGCCAUGUCCAGAUUUUCGAGCAUACCGUCCGGAAGCGUCAUGAGAUUUUCCCCAUCUCAACCGGCGAGCCGUACAAAUACAACCAGCCUACUUCCAUCGCACACAUAGAUACAACCGUGCCUUGGGUUCUGGACAUGGUUCGCUCUCUGAACCCGAAGAAAGCCGAGGACAUCCUGAAACAUCGGAUCCAAUGCGUCAAUGUCUGGAAGCCCAUCGUUGGACCCGUCAGAGACUGGCCCUUGGCCAUGUGCGAGUCCCGGACAAUGAACGUCGACCGAGAUCUUGAGCCAUGCGAUCUGGUCUACCCGGACUAUGUCGUCGAAAACCGCCAAGUCUACUUUUCAGAAGCCUUCGAGUGGAUUUACCUCAGCGAUCAGCAGCCAAACGAGGCUUGGGUCUUCCUGCAGUCGGACACGGAUCCGAGCGGAAAGCCUGUCGCCCAUACUGCAUUUCCAAUCCCGUCUCAGAGCGAGAAAGCCGGUCCGAGGGAGAGCAUCGAAGCGCGUGCUCUGGUGUACUAUGGCGGGUUUUGA